UGAAAGAUUAUCCUCGGAGCACUACUUAGCAAGACGCAAAAUAAACCUUAAAGAAGGACUCUUGGCACAGUCGUUGACUCCCCUAGCCACCUGGAAAUGCAAUGACUAUUCUCAGCGCUCUCCGAUCAUCAAAACUUAUCACCUGGAAGCCCACCGGGAAGCUCCAGCAAACCCUAGCAGGAUCUGUGGAGCGGAGGGGAAUCUCUUUGCAUUCCGGCAAGGUUUCGACGGUGAGACUGUGUCCUGGAUUGGCUGGUCAAGGAAGGUACUUCGAUUUUCGUUCCAAUUUGGUCCCUGCUUCUGUUGAAUUUGCUCAGGUUUCGCCUCUUUGUACUACUUUGUGUAAAGAUGGGUUGAGAAUUCGGACUGUGGAGCAUCUGCUUUCUGCGUUGGAAGGUGCUGGCGUUGAUAAUUGUAGGAUUCAGAUAGAGAAUUUGGGUGAUCAAGGUGAUGAGGCCGAGAUUCCUAUAUUUGAUGGGUCGGCAAAGGAAUGGGUGGAAGCCUUGGAAGAAGUUGGUUUAGAGACAGCAACUGAUAUUGAUGGAAAAAGCUGUGAGAAAAUUGCUCCACAUGUGAAUGAACCAAUGCAUGUUUGGAGGAAUGAUUCUUUUAUUGCUGCAUUUCCCUCUGAUGUGGUUCAAGUAACUUAUGGUAUAAGCUUUCCACAGGCACCUGCUAUUGGCUGCCAAUGGUUUUCUACAACCCCCUUGGAUGAUUUGGUUUAUUCCAUGCAAAUAGCAUUGUCAAGAACCUUCUGCAUCUAUGAGGAGGUUGAGCAAAUGCGCAGUGCUGGACUUAUCAAAGGAGGUUCUCUAGAAAAUGCUAUUGUGUGCAGUAUUAGUAAAGGUUGGUUGAAUCCACCUCUUCGUUUCAGUGAUGAACCAUGUCGUCACAAGAUUUUAGAUCUGAUUGGCGAUCUCUCGCUCUUUGCUCAGUUUGGUAGUCAAGGACUCCCUGUGGCACACAUAGUAGCUUACAAAGGUGGCCAUGCAUUGCAUGUUGAUUUGACACGCCGACUGAUGGGAAUUACAUGAAGGGCUGGCAUAUUUCCUCUGAUAAUCAAGAAGCUAUUGCAAAUUUUGGUGAAUUUGAUGUUUUUUGAAGUUCAACCUUAUUCUUUUAAGCUCUUGUGCUGCCAUGGCGGAUUGAUGAAAUUGAUAGACAUCUUUAUCACAAUUUUGUUUCUUUUCAUUCUUUCUCUCUUUAGGAAACAUCAAAGAGUUGGAGGCGGUCGAGUUCCCCUAUUAUUGCUGACAUCAGUUCAACUUCGGAUGAAAGUGUCCAAGCAGAAAAUGUUGUAAAAUCUCAGUCAUUGAGAGUGUUUUGU